AUGAUUAAUAAGAAUCACUUAGAAAUCACCGUCAUUUCCUGGGGUGCGACAAUUGUUUCUUUAAAGUAUCCCGAUAAAUUUGGGUGUGUCGCGGAUGUUGUGCUUGGUUUCGAUAAUUUGGAGAGCUAUAUAAAUCCCAAGAUUAAUCCGUUUAUAGGAUGUAUCCUGGGCAGAUGCGCAAAUCGCAUAAGAGAUAGCAGUAUUGUCAUUAAAGGCACAACUUAUGAGUUAACGAAAAAUGAUUUCGGCAAGCAUCAUCUGCAUGGAGGUACAAAAGGCUUUGGUCGGCAGUUGUGGGAAUCGCAUAUUGAUGGAUGUUCAGUCGUCAUGACUUAUCUAAGUAAAGACGGUGAAGAGGGAUAUCCCGGUGCAGUAUUGAGUACAGUGAGAUUCAAAUUAAUGCCUGACAAUAUGCUGGAAAUAGGUAUCCGGGCAACAACGACAAAUUCCACUAUAGUGAACAUCUCGCACGGUUCUUUGUUCAACCUCGCUGGACAUGACGCUGGUAAAGAGGAAUUGAUGAAGCACAAGAUCUCGUUGAACUGUGACCGCUGGACCUUCGCGGAUUAUACGGAUCCAAUACCAACCGGCAGCAUCCGAGGGGUCGGAGGAACCAUCAUGGAUUUGCGUGUACCGAAAUUUCUGGAAAGCUGUAUCGAGAAGGUUCCUCCGGGAGAAGGAUACGAUCAUAACUUCUGCGUCACACCAAAUUGGCAUGGUGGUAAUGCAUACGUCGCUCAAGCGAUCCAUCCGAAAAGUGGUCGCGUUCUGGAGAUUUAUUCAAAUCAGCCUGGCGUACAGUUCUACACAGGUGGUCGUCUAUGUAAUACUUCUGAGACUGGAAAUAAUUCUGCUAGUGCAUAUAAUGAUAGCUCGAAUCAUGAAGAGGAAUACAAGGAAGAAAAGGCUGUUGAUGAGAUGGAACAAGAUGUGGCACCUGAAGGCGAAUUACAGAAAUUUAUUUCAGGAAAGCAAGGUGCUCGCUACGUGAAGCAUUGUGCUUUCAGUAUUCAACCGCAAAAUUAUCCAAAUGCUAUUAAUUAUUCGCAUUUUCCCUGUUCUAUUUUACGACCAGGAGAUGUCUAUUGUCAUGAUUUAAUUUAUAAAUUUGGCAUCCAAUUGGCCAAUUACAUGUGA